UCAAUAUCACAUAGCUAGAUAAUAGUUAAUGUCUGCUCUGUUUCCAAGGAAUGAUAAGCGGCACAAUUGUACAGAGGUUUGGUACUCAAAAGGCUGGAAUUCUUGGCUCGUGCAUUGCUACUUUUGGCCUCGUGCUGUCUUUUUUCGCAUCUUCAGUUUUGUUACUUGAUAUAAGCGUUGGAGUUAUUCUAGAUGAGAGUCAUGGUGUUUCACAUUUUAGGUAUUGCUUUUGACGAAACUUGACAAAACCUUGGGGGAAACUCACGCGCAAGGCCAUCUUCAUCAUUGACCUUAAGACGUUGUAGCUUUAAUUUUCUAUGAUUUUUUCGUAAUUUCCGAAAUUAAAGGUGUUUCUAUUGACAAUAAGUGUCGUUGUAUUCACUUUUGAUUAGUUUUUUUCUGUUAUAGAUUAUAAUUCAAUGAAAUGAUCUUGUGCUUAUUUAAAGUAUUUAAAAUUCUUUACUUGUUAGUUUCUAAAGUUUCUAAACGUACGCUAGAUUUUAAAGAGAAAAUCAAAUAUAACUUUCAUGAUAUGACUUUUCCAACUUUAUUCCAAAAGCUGCCAACACAAUUUAAUUGCUUAAAUUUUAUUUUCAGCAUUUGGUUCAUCUUGUUUGUAUAUUGCAUCUUCCACAGCAAUAGCACAACAAUUUGCUGGAGAAAAACGACACAUUUUAUUGUCAAUACAAAGUGCAGCCGGUGGUAUAGGUGGAAUGGUUUUUUCAUUCUUUUUGAAAUAUCUCAGUGAUCAAUUUGGUUUGAAAGGGACCUUACUCCUUGCUGGAGGAGUUUACAUGCAAAUAUUACCUGCGGCUUUCUUGUGGCGGAGAAGUGAGAAUGAGACACUUGGACAUAUGCCAAAGGAAGGAACUAUAUACUGUACUAACACAACCAAAGUUGCCCACCAAAAUGACAUAGAUGUAGAUUCUCUUCUGUCAAAGAGUGGUAACACUUACAUGACUCAUAAGAAUGAAUUUAGUAUUCAUGUUGAUAAUGAUAAUGGUGGUAAUGCAGUGUUACAUCUGACGAAUGCUGACAACAGUAAUAAAAUCAAUUCAAAAUUAAUUGCUGAAACGAAUAUAUCCGUUUCCCUGACCCGACCUUAUGAUAUGAGACUAAUUGGUCGGAAGCACAUAGGUAUAACACUUAAAAGCAAGAACAUCCGGCGUGAAUCUAUUGGAAAAUAUUUGAAAGAUUUAGCAUUAAACCCUUCUUUUGUUUUGUUCGCAAUUGGACUGGCUAUUGUAUAUCCUGCUUUAGGAAUUCUAUUCAUCUUCAUCGUAGAUCUAUUUUUAGACUCUGGUUUGAGUGAAGAUGACGCUACUUUCGGACUUCUUCUGGUCCAUAUGUUUAGCAUAUUUGGUCGUCUGCUACCGGGUAUUGUCAUGCAGUCAAAGCAUAUCCCUUCUUUGUCUGUACCUAUUUGUGCAGCUGUCGUAAUGUCUGCUUGCAUGACCGGACUGGUUACAGUCACAGGUCUGAGGCUUCACCUUCUUAUGUUGGGUCUUAUUGGAAUACCGUAUGGAGUGUUUGUAUCAGUGUUUAAUGUGACAACACUAAAGAUUGUAGGGAUAGACGGGUUGUCCAGUGCAGUUGGUGUUCACUUCACACUAAAUGGUAUAGGCAGUGCUCUGGCUGGACCUAUUAGUGGAUCACUUCGUGAUAAAACUGGAUCAUACACGUACCCUUUUGGAAUCGCAUCAGGUGUAAUACUUGUGGGCGCAAUGUUUUUUACAUGUUCACUGCUAAUACGCAGAAAGAGUAACCGUGUACCACAUGUAUCCGAAAGGACUCCUUUGCUGCAAGAUGCUCACUGACAUAAUAUGUAUACUGCAGUAUAAUGUGUUGGACUUGGAAAUCGUCAAUUUUAUUAAAUGUUAUUUUUGAUAAGCAGAGUUUAUUCUUUUAUACAUACUUAAUAUAUAUUAUCUUACACUUUGUUUGAACAUACAUUUACAUAAGGUUAAAAUAGUCUCAAGUUCUCUUUUUAUAAUAAAUACGGUAUUAUUUUCCCUUAAAGGCCAGGCCAAAUCUUUUGUGGUGUUAUGUGUUCAUGUUUGUCCAUUUGUUAUGGGUGAUUGAACUGGUUUUGCAAGUUGAGUGAUGGAUGAUUUAUUUUGGUAUGCAAUUUUUAGCUGAUUUGGUUCUGGAAUGUAACAUUUCUUAGUAAUUUAAACCACUCCUUGUUUGACUCUCAAAGUGGAAACAUCUAUAUUAGUUUACUGUCAGUAAUUUCUUUAUAGAAAUAUUUGCUUGUAUCUUAUAUUCAAUUUAUUUAUUUUGAAGAAUCUCUUCUAUCAAGCCUGGUAUGUAUAUAUGUAUUUAUUUAUUUAUUUAAGAAAUUGUUUUAAUUGUAAUAUGAAUUGUUGUAUAAUAUUUUGUAUUAUGUAUUUUGUGUUGUAAAAUAUUUGUUUUGUAAUAUGAUGUCUUAUAGUUGUUUUAUUUUAUUACAGGUUUUAUUCUGGAUAAAAUAAAUAU